GAGUUUUCGCGCUCGACUCUCCUCGUCCUGACGUUCCUGGUUUAGUUCUCGUAACCGCGCCGAUCGACUAGGAGGUAUCCAGUCUCUUGGCCAGUAUAACGUCCCGGUCGCCGCCGAUCUCUUUGUCUUCCUUUUUCGGUCUCGUGUCCCGGUCGAGUCAUCAUGUCGAGCGAGUUCCUCGGGAAACGUUACAAGCUCUUCAGCAGCGAGAAUUUCGACGAGUUCAUGAAGGCGCUCGGCGUGGGUAUGGUGACGCGCAAAAUGGGCAGCAGCGUCAGCCCAGUCGUCGAACUGACGGAGAAGGACGGAACGUACACGUUGAAGACGACCAGCCCCUUCAAGAACUCCGAAAUCAAAUUCCAACUCGGCGCGGAGUUCGACGAGGAGACCGUGGACGGCAGGAAGGUAAAGAGCGUCUGUACUCUGGAUGGUAACAAACUCGUCCAGGUGCAAAAGGGCGAGAAGGACACUACGAUCGAGAGGGAAUUCGGGCCCACGGAGAUGAAAGCGAUCAUGAAGGUCGAUGACAUAGUUUGCACAAGGGUAUACAAGGUUCAGGAAUAGGAGAGUCCAGGUACCAAAGCUGAAGGCGCGUGCACAACACACAGGUGCUUCUAGAAAUAUUCCGAGAACGUGUACAUUAACGAAAUUGAAAUCUAUACGCUUGAGCGUGAAUAAGAUACAGUGAUUAUUACGACGAUACAUAAAGUAUCGAAUUGUAUGCAUACAGCUGAAUGUAACUCUUAUGUCCAGAUUGUAACUUAGAAAGAUUAUAGAACCCCUUACAGAAAUUUAAUCCAGGAAGGUAGCGGUCAAUUGCUUAUUUUUGAGUAUCAAAAGCACAGCUGAAACCUUCAGCAGUGCUUUUAAUGUUCAAAAUAGGUGAUUUGCAGUAUUAAAUUAGAUUUCUGUAAGGGCACAUAGUUUUCUACGGAGUUAAAACACAUAUAUUUGAUAUGCAUGCGUUCGUAAAGUGGAUGUACCGAAUGAUAACCGAAGCAUAAAUUAAAAGUCCAUCUGUUGUGCACAUUUUCUAUUUAUGUAUCGCGUAUUACGUAAUGAAAUAACGUAAUGCCGUCAGCAAAUUAUGUUCCAUGUACAGCAGUCGCUGUAUUACCUAUUCUACGAAUAAUGUUUGCUUUUUUUUUCUACGAAUAAUAAUGAUUAAUGAAAGUAUA